AUGAUAAACGUUCUUUUACCGGCUAACGCGUCCAAUAGAGCUGCCGAGUCAACUGUCCAAUUCUUUCUAGGACCAUCGACUUCUGCAGCUGGGAGUGCGACAGAAGUGUCAUCGCUCGGACAAACCAGCAAUUCCAAUGGAUUAAGCGGGACGAUUUCAGCAUCUGCAGUAACAGAAAUCUCAGAAUAUACAUUAUCCAGAAAGAAACGCGUUGUGGGUGGUAUACCUAUCACGCGCAAAGGUGUUUAUCCGUGGCUAAUGGCCAUCGGCUCAACAAAAAUCUUCUAUUAUACUGGUGCUCUCAUUCGUCCUACAUGGGUUAAUACCACGGCAUCGUGUUUGCUGCGAAAUAAGUUGAUUAACAUCACCGCAACUUCGUUGUUUGCCGCUUAUGGUCUGACCAAUAGAAACAAUUAUUCUAGUUCAAUACAGUUUUCGAUUGUGUCACAAGUUAUUUUGUACCCCACUAGAGUGAGAACCAGCAACGAUCUUACCGUCAACGAGUUGGCUUUACUCAAAUUAGAUGCUGCACCACCAUCAACGCAGUACGUUUGUCUGCCAUCUAAUUUUAACAAUACUAGGAAACCAUCAAACAAUGAGUUCGCCGUGCUCAUUGGAUAUGGCACAUCCGGAACGGGUCAGGCUACACGACAACCUCAGCCAACACUUCAACAACAACAACAAUCUCAACAACCACUUCGACGACAACCUCAAGAACUAGUUCGACGACUACUUCGACGACAACCUCAACAACUACUUCGUCGACCACCUCAACAACCACUUCGACGACUACUUCGACGACCACCUCAACAACCACUUCGACGACAACCUCAAAACCCCCCGCAACAACUACUUGGACAACAACCUCAGCAACCACUUCGACGACAACCUCAACAGCCACUUCCACGACAACCUCAACAACAACAUCAACUACAACGUCUAAGACCAACUCAACAACAACUUCGACGACAACAUCAACGACCACUUCGCCGACAACAGCUACG